GAGUUUAGGGUUUUUGGGUUUAGGGCUUGUGGAGGAGAAGAGAAGAAGAGGCGGCAAUGGCGCAGCUGGAUGACAGCACGAAUCGGCUCUACAGGAUCCGGCGGACGAUCAUGCAGAUGCUGCGCGACAGGGACUACCUGGUGGCCGAUUACGAGGUAUCGCUCACCAAGGAGCAAUUCAGGGACAAAUUUGGGGACGAGCCCAAGCGCGACGAUCUUGUCAUCAGCAAGGCCAAGCGCUCAGACCAGUCGGACCAGAUCUUCGUCUUCUUCCCGGAGGAGCCCAAGGUGGGGGUGAAGACGAUCAAGACGUACGCCGAGCGCAUGAAAUCGGAGCUCGUGUUUCGCGCGAUCAUGGUCGUCCAGACGAGUCUCACGCCAUUUGCAAAGCAGUGCCUGUCGGAGAUGGCUCCAAAGUACCAGAUCGAGGUGUUCCAGGAAGCGGAGCUACUGGUGAACAUCAAAGAGCACACUUUAGUGCCCGAGCACCAGGUUCUCUCUGCGGAAGAGAAGAAAACUCUGCUCGAGCGUUACACUGUCAAGGAAAGCCAGCUUCCUCGUAUGCAGGAUCGCGAUCCAGUGGCUCGAUACUACGGUCUCAAGCACGGCCAAGUCGUGAAGAUCAUCCGGCCGAGUGAGACUGCCGGACGAUACGUGACUUAUCGCUACGUUGUUUGAAGCAAGAGUAAGAGUGGUCUGGUCUUUUAACAUUGAUGGCCUUCUGCUGUGCUAGAAACAAAGGAGUAUAGAAUGAGAGAAGCUACGAACUAAGAAAGCUAGGGUCAUCGAAAGGAUCCAUGUACUUUGGGAACGAUCGCUCGCUUCA